AUGAUAAUUCUCAUAUACCUAUUAUUAUUGUCGCCGGUGAGGGCUUCCUUGGGCGAUGACUUGCCUGAAUUCCAAACGUGUGUGAAAAAGUGCGAUAUUUUGACCUGCAAUGGCAUCUCAAAAUACUCUGAUGUCUCAGAGAAAGAGCUUCUGCGUUGGAAGUCUCAACAGCAGAAAUACCACAUGUUCCAGGAACUGCCGCUCUCGUGGGACUUGCGACUCAUCGGCUGGGACUGUUUUCCUAAUUGCGACUACCAAUGCCAGCGAAUAGUCACCAAGGACCGUCAAAGCAAGAAUCUCGAGGUCUACCAGUUUCAUGGAAAAUGGCCGUUUGUUCGUGUCUUCGGAAUCCAGGAGUUUUUCAGCACCAUAUUCAGCAUUGGGAACUGGUUUCCUCACUAUUGGGGAGCAAAGAUGAUAUGGAACCAAUGUGGGAAGGAGAUGAGAGCAGGAAACACGCAUUUCGUCAAGCUAUACACGGCAUACAUGGUCGUAGCUGUCGUGGCGAUGUGCGCUUGGUUUUUUUCUACAUUGUUCCAUCUGAGAGACACAUGGAACCGAGAGCGACUGGACUAUUUUUUUGCCGGAGCCACCGUGCUGUCUGGCUUCUACGCGAUCGUCGUUCGUGUGUUCAAACUCUAUCUUCCAAAAAACGAUCUCAAACGCCAGGUUCUCGCAGCUGGCACGCUCCUUGCAUACUUCCUCCAUGUUGGUAGGCUUCUGAGUGACUGGUCGUACACUUACAACAUGCAAGCUAACGUGGCCUGCGGACUACUUCAGAAUGUGUUGUGGAUUUACCAUUCCAUCAACUGUUUCAACAGAUCCAGACGCUCUGUGUCGCUGAGAAGUGACCUCCUGAAUAAAGAGAUCAACUGGACGCUCACGCCGCUGGUUCUGGUUGUGAGCGUGAGUGCAGGCAUGUCUUUUGAGCUCUUUGAUUUUCCGCCUCUCUUCGAUCUUCUCGAUGCACAUGCUCUGUGGCAUUUCGCCACUAUUUGGCCAGCCCUGUACUGGUACUCCUAUAUGAUCAAGGAUGUGGAAGAGGGUCUGAAAGACAGGAAGUACGAAUGA